GUUUUCCAAACAGAGUGAAACAUAUCCUCUACGUCGUACUAAUGGGGCUGAGUACCGAAUAAUACCUAGUAAGUGGAAGAAAUAUCUCUGACUUCCUGUCACAGCGGUUCACUGAGUUGUAAUCGAUCCUUAAACAUCUUAUCCAUCUCGAUUUUGGAAUAUCCUUUUUAUGUUGCAGCUCCAGAUGCGCGCGGAGCGGAAACCGUGUCGGAGCAUGAGUAUAUAAAGUCGUAGGGACUUCAGCCAGGGCUAUCAAGAUCUCUCUCAAGGUGAUCUCAUCAGAUCGCAGAGUGAGAAGUUACCUUUUUAGGAGUUCACAACAGAUUCGGAGUCCAAGGCAGCAACCAGAAGUUUGCAAUGCUUAGUGUCCGAGCCCCAUUUCGAGUUUCUGCACAUGCUGUAGCUCCUUCCAACCCCUGCGCUACUCCCUCAGCAUGCACCCGGUCCUCAGUCUGUUCCAAAUCUUCUUCAUUGAUGGGUACCGCAGUCCAUUGUGGACCUCACGAGAAUUCCAUGUCACAGCAGCUCCCGCAAGGAUAUGGCAAAAGCCUUCAUCCAGUGCGAGCAAGCCUCAGAGAUCUCGUUCCAGAUCCGCUGCAUCUUUUCGAUCAUAAGAAGGACCAGGUGCAAGUUGAAGGGGAGCUGCUCAUUUCGAACAGGACAGUCCUUGAUUUCGACCAACCAGUAGCCAGUCUCGUAGACAAGAAUGUGGACCUCCUCGGUUUGGGAAAAAUUCAGUUUCAGCUCGUCAGUGAGGAUCUCGACAAAAACGGGAAGCCCAAACUGACCGAAGCUGCCGUGGUGGAAAACUACGCGUUAUCGAAUAUAUCACCACUGGCUGGUCAGAAAAAGUACAGAAUCAACUUCCAAGUCGACCCUGAUUUCGGGAAAAUCGGAGCUGUUGUGGUCAGGAACAGUCAUCUGAACGAGUUUUUUCUCCACUCGUUGUCUCUUAAACUGGCCGGCGGCAAAGUAGUGGACUUCUUCUGUAACUCUUGGGUCAAUCCAGAGUCAUAUGAAUUGCAGUUUAGAAAUGGGAUAAAUUACACUCCUCUACCUGACCGCGUAUUCUUUCUUAACAAGGCAUGUCUUCCAGAAGAUACACCAGCAGGUCUGAAAGCUUACAGAGAAGAAGAUUUGAAAUACUUAAAGGGAACUGGUAAGGGAAUGAGAGUUUUUUCUGACAGGAUCUACGACUAUGACGUGUACAAUGAUCUGGGUAAACCGGAUUCCUAUCCUCCCGUCAUGCGACCUGUCCUGGGUGGUGACAAUCUCCCCUACCCCCGUCGGUGCAGAACGGGGCGAGGAUAUAGUAGCACGAAAAAUCCAGCAGUGCCCUCAGAUCCUCCGUCAGAGAAGGAGAUGGGUUCAGAAGGCAUAAUAGCACUUGGUCCUUUGGUAGGACUCAUGGAUUUCUACGUUCCCUGCGAUGAGUUUUUCGGUGGAGAGAAAACGAGUGCGUUUUUAGCAGUCGGACUGAAGUCUGUCGCCCACUCUAUAGUUCCAAUUCUUAAAGAUCUCUUCACGGGAGACAGAACCGCCCACUUCGAUAGUAUACAAGACUUCAAAGACUUGUAUGCGAAGGGGGUCAAGAUAGACACGAGCCAAGCAACUAAAGACGGUCCCCUUGUCUUCGUUGAUUCGUUCUUCAACGCCUCUGGCGAUGACAAAGGCGUCCUCAAAUUUCCCGUUCCUCAAGUAUUCGCGAAGAGCGACUUCGCUUGGAAUGAGGAUGAGGAGCUUGGUCGUCAAACCCUGGCCGGGUUGAAUCCAGUUGUCAUCCAAGCUUUGACGCAAUAUCCUCCCAAAAGUACCUUGGGUCUCCCGGAGGACGUGUAUGGUCCCAACUCCGUCUUGACAGACGAACACAUCUUGCCGUAUUUGGAAGGACUCAGCGUGCAGCAGGCAAUUGAUGCCAAGAAGCUGUUCAUCAUUGAUUAUCAUGAUCCUUUUGCCGUUUACCUUCCGAAGAUACUCAGCGGCAAGUGGGGAGAUAAGAAGAGAGGCUACGCUCCAAGAGCGAUAUUUUUUUACAACAAGGAGGGAGCCAUGAUGCCCAUCGCCAUUGAGCUCUCCAAGCCUGAAGGAAGUACCUUCAAGCACACAGUGUACACCCCACCGUUGAGAAAGGGAGACAUAAAUCCCUACUGGAAUUUAGCCAAAGCACACUUCAAUGCAAUCGAUUUUGGUUACCAUGAGCUCAUCAGCCACUGGUUGAGGACGCAUGCAGUUAUGGAGCCAUUUGUCAUUGCAACUCGAAGGCAAUUGAGUACAAUCCACCCAAUCUAUAGUCUUCUGAUUCCUUGCUUCAAGAACACUAUGAUGAUCAACGCCGCAGCACGAGUAGCUCUCAUCAAUUCUAAUGGAAUUAUCGAGAGUUACUUUCUUCCUGGAGAAUACUCUAUGGAAAUGUCAGCUGUCAUGUAUGGCCUCACCUGGACUUUCGAGAAGCAAGCACUACCCAAUGAUCUGAUCUCAAGAGGUAUGGCGGUGCCAGACGAAACAGAGAAAGCGGGUGUAAAGUUGGUCAUAGACGACUAUCCUUUUGCCGAGGACGCACUGGAUCUGUGGGCGGCUCUUCACGACUGGAUCACCGAGUACGUGAACAUCGCGUACAAAUCAGACGAAGCAGUGCGAGGCGACACGGAGCUGCAGGCGUGGUGGAACGAGAUCGUCACAGUGGGCCACGCUGACAUCAAGACGGGAUGGCCCAAGGCAGACUCUCGAGCAAGCUUGGUCGACAUCUGCUGCACCAUCCACUGGAUCGCCGGGCCUCACCACGCCGCCGUCAACUUCGGCCAGUACUCGUACGCCGGCUUCAUGCCCAACAAGCCGUCCACGUGCCUGCGCUGGAUCCCCGACGAGGGCACUGCCGAAGCUCAAGAGCUCGAGCAGAAUCCAUUCCUGUACCUGCUGAAGACGGUGGCCACUGAGCUCAUCACUCUUCCGAUCAUGACCACAGUUGAGCUCCUAGCGCAGCAUGGCACAGACGAGGAGUACCUCGGAGAUCGGAACGACCUGUGGACUUCGGAUCCACUCGUGCAGCAGGCGUUCAAGAAACAUUCGGAGAGAAUCGCAGCUCUGCAAAGUGAAUUCGAGCAGAGGAACAGCGAUUCGACGAAGAGGAACAGAUCUGGGCCGACCAACGUCCCUUACACUCUUCUGUACCCGCACUCUGGGCCCGGUCUGACCGGUCGAGGGGUCCCCAACAGCAUAUCCAUCUGAUACUAACCACAGAUUCCGACGUUUAUCAUACCCAGCAACGGUUGUUAACUCACCAUCGGGUUAUGAGAUAACAGCUGAAGAUAUACUUGAAAGUCGGUUGCAGCACAGCCCAACAUUGGGUGCCUAUGCCCAUGGGUUUUGGGUGACAUUAUUUUUCCAUGGUCCGGCACAAGAAGUGCUAUGGGCAGUGUCCCCAACAGCAUAUCCAUCUGAUAGUAACCACAUAUUCCGACGUUUAUCAUACCCAGCAACGGUUGUUAACUCAACGUCGGGUCAUGAGAUAACAGCUGAAGAUAUACUUGAAAGUCGGUUGCAACACAGCCCAACAGGGUUGGGUGCCCAUGCCCAUGGGUUUUGGGUGACAUUCUUUUUCCAUGGGUGGGCACAAGAAAUGCUAUGGGCAGUGUCCCCAACAGCAUAUUCAUCUGAUAGUAACCACAGAUUCCGAGGGUUAUCAUACCCAGGAACGGUUAUUAUCAAUCUUAAUCUCAAUUUCAACGUCGGGUCAUGAGAUAACAGCUGAAGAUAUACUUGAAAGUCGGUUGCAGCACAGCCCAACAUGGGGUGCCCGUGCCCAUGCCCAUGGGUUUUGGGUGACAUUAUUUUUCCAUGGGUGGGCACAAGAAAUGCUAUGGGCAGUGUUUGAGGGCAGAUCCAACCAAGAAUGGGUGUAACCGGGUAAUACAUUUAACACAAUUGGCGUAAUUUGAAUAGCAUGGGUAGGAACAGGUAAUGCUAUGGGUGGGCAGAGGUCACUGUUGAUGGUUAUGGUCUGGGUACAGAUUUGGAGUGAAAUGUUGGCCUCUGGUUAGCAGGCACUCGAAGUUUGACGGAGGAGGAUUAGUCUCUAGGUUUGUAGAAGCUCAGUACGCAUCUGAUGUGCAUAGUCGCGUUGAGAAAUAAAAGUAUAUGAAUUUAU